UGUACGCAAUAUCUUAUGGUUUCAAAAUGGCGAGAGACCGACUGCUUUGUUACUGAAACUUUGGAGUUGUUUGUAAAACUAGAGCUCAUAGAAAACCACGAAAUUACGUCAUCUGUUCGAAGAAAUUGCACCAGGUAACAGUAUAUUGUUUCUGCUCGUACCUGUCACCGGAUUCAUGCAAUACCUGACAAGCACAUAAGCUAAACUGGUGUUUAUUCCCAACUGGUGAACAAUACUAUGCCUCGUUACGGGGCGAAAACUUACGGGCGAACUGUCCGUAAAGACGACAAUGACCAUUUUGAUGAUUUAUGGAACAAGAGUAAAGACAGCACUCGACCUGUGACUCGGCACUCCCCUGCUAAACGGCCAGCUAACAACCAAGUGCAAACCACUUCCCGACAAACUAGAUCGUCCCCAUCCAAGCCUUUAAGAAUGGCUAGCUCUGAGAGUUCCAGGCCGACGCGACAGAACACUGUAUUGAAAGAGGAUGUGGUGGGUGUAACAAGUCCAAAGAGGAGGAGAAGAGCGAGCAGCACGGAUGAUCCCUUCAGCUUUAGCAGUGAUGAUGAUAAAUCACCCGUUAAAAGGGCCACCACUGACCAGAACAACGCUAGUGAUUCCAAUAACUCCAACUCUCGACAGACGAGAGCAUCACUACAGUUCGACAAUGGUGUUGAAUCCAGGAAUAGUUCCAGAGCAGCACCUAGGGCUGCCAAUACGACCAGGAGCAGUGCAAAGGAAAAAUCUCCAGGUAACCAAACCUUGAUCACGCAAUUUGCCAAGAAUUCAAGAAAUAAUGACUCAUCGAGUGAGAAAAGGGACAACACCGACGUAGAAAUGAUUAGUUUGGACGACAGUUUGGGUAGCCCGAAUGGAUCAGAUUUCUCCAGUUCGCAAACUAGUGUAGUGUCUUUGUCAUCAGGCAGUCAGCGUUCGAGUGGUUCGUCAGCGGUGAAUGCCCGCCAGGGUAGGAGGACGGCUGGCAAACUUAAGACUGUUGCUGAGACCACAAGCACAGAUGGUUCCUCUUCUCAGCUAUCAUCAGGUAGUGCCUCCUCGCUGAGAGGUAAGACAAGAGCAACGAACAGUGCUAGCCAAUCGUCUAAGAAAAACCUAAGAACUAAUCCCUCAGGCUCUAGUCAGGACUCUGCAAUGAAGAGUGAUGAUGAUUCUGAUGACUCGGAAGUCAUUAUUUCAAGUACUAGUAGGAGUAGCAGCUCCCAGGGAAGUAGUAGUCAGUCUUUGAGUCAGUCAUCUGGAACGUCAAAGUCGUCAACGUCCAAACCUAGUCUGAAGACCUCUAAAUCGUUACCACCAGCCAAGCCUUCGUCCUCAACAGCUUACGAUGAAUUUGAUUUCUCGGAAGACGAUGAGGAGAUAGAGGCUCCUCCUGCACUGUUAAAGGCGAAGUCCGCAGGUGCUUUGGACAAUGUCAAGAAGAUCUUCAACAGUCCAAAGAAGUCCCCUGCCAAGGCAAAGUACAAUGCAAGAUCAUGGAACAAACCUGAUGUACCAGAAGAGGACGAGUUUGCUAGCUCCUCUGCCUCCUCCAGUCAAGGGUCCAUCCCGUCCAAGCCUGCCCCGUUCAGGACCAUCGAGGGGGGCAAGCAGAGGGGGGCAAGCGGGCUAACCAGGCAAACCGUGUACCCUAAGAAGGUCAACCACUCCAUGGUGACAUCACUCAAGUGCAAGCGGGACGAGAAGAAGCUCUACACUGUGGUGAGGCAUGUAAAGGGGGCUUCAGACUGCCAAGAGUCGGGUGAGAGUCAGCAAUAUGCAGAUGAUAUCGAGUACCUGAUGGAGGGGCUGAAGGGAACAGAGAAUGUGGGAACGCGCUGUCUGAGUACGAUGGGUUUUGUAGAGAAGUGUUCCAUGCCACAGUUCAGAAUGCACAUGAGAGCGCAUGGGACCAUCUCCAAGGUCUUCGGAAAACUGCAAGAUGCUGCCCAAGAUCCAUGUCUUGGUCUAUGCACGUCGGGACUGAUGUACAUGCUGAGCAGAGACCGACUGAACAUGGACCUGGACCGGGACAGCCUCUGGCUCCUGGUCCGGCUCCUGAGCAAGGACUCGGCCCACCGGAUCCACCAGCUGGAGCCCACCCAGCAGGCGGAGUACAAGAAGGUCCAGGAGAAGCUCUGGGCCGUCUUCUCGGAGCUCCCCAAGGCCAGCAACUCCCUGGGGGACAUCGAGACCAGUGAUCUUUCGAACGGUCAUCUCGCUAUGGAGUCGCUGUUAUCACUAACAUCGAAACGGGCUGGAGAGUGGUUCAAGGAGGAGCUGAGGUUAGCAGGAGGUCUGGAGCACAUAGCACAAACAGUGAUCUCAGCCGCUCUCAGUCUCAGUCCUGUCAUCGUCCGGAUGGAAGGGGAGAACCUGGUGCUGUUCAAGACCAUGAACAGAUGUCUGCGUGUCCUGGAGAAUGUGACCUUCAUGAACAACGAGAAUCAGCAGUAUCUCCUGGAGCUCAAAGGCUGCGGCUUAGUCAAGGCUGUUGGAAAGGCCUUACGGAUGUGUGAGAACCAGCUUGAGCUGUGCGGAGAGCCAGAGGUACACGUUAUUAAGAAACUAGACAGCUACGGUCUUCAUGCAAUCUUACAUCAGGGACUCCUUGCAACACUCAGAUUACUACUCAAUAUAUCUCAUGAUAAUGAAUGGGGCAGUAUGAAAGUCGGAGAACAGGAAGGUCUGAUGGCAACAACCUUACAAUGUGUCUUACAGAUGCCUCAGUAUAUCUGCAAGGAUCAACGCUUUGAUGUAUUAGUUCUGAGUCUUGGUCUACUCAUCAACCUGGUGGAGCACAGCCCUGCAAACACCAGGAAACUCAUCUCCAUGAAGACCCAAAGAUCCUUUGAUUCCAAGAACAGCCAAAGCAGUCAAGAGAGCUCCUCAUCGGAAGGGGGCACAGAACCAGAGGUAGUAACUUCACUGGAAGCUGUAGUGCAGCUUUUCCUUCAGCGGCAGCAGCAGGCGCUCAAGGCAGAAAGCCAGUCGGAGGAGGAGAUGAUGGGGGAGGAGCCAGAGGAGUGGUCUGUUGCCCAUAGCGACCCGCUGGACUGGAUAACAAUAGAGAGGGAUUCAGGGAAGGGGCAGAAUGGCCCACAACCGACGGAAGAGGAAAUCAAGUCUUCGGUCAGAAAAGCCCUCCAUUCAGCAGGAAAACACAUGGAAGACAGUAUAGUAGCGUCCUACGCAGCCCUCUUACUGGGGUGCCUACUACGAGAAAACAAUUUGAACGUUGUGAGUGUACGAGACUGCCUUCCGGAUGGUGACUUCACGUGUAUGGUAGACAUGCUGAAGAAAUUCUUGUCUUUCAUUGAAUUAACGAACGCUGCUGGAAACACUGGCAGCAGAAGUAUAUCGAAAGUGAUCGAGGUCUUGGAAUGCUUCUAAUCUAGAGAUGGGCACCAAAGCAGCUACUGAAUGAAUGCAUGCACUCCAAAGAGGGAUACGUCACUACUAAUUGGUCUUCCAGUAUCCGCAGAUAUGGUCUUGACUUGGGACCCAACCCCACCACCAUUAAUGCUACCUGCCUCAUCAGAGAGGGUUCGUGGCACGGAAUCGACUGUGCCUCUGCACGAUGGCGGUCAACCAUUACGAGUUCUUGGAGAGUUUGUAGGACUGCCUAGGGUAGGGGUGAUUGCUCAGGGGUGAGGGGAUGCUCCUCCUUCAUAGUCUUGGAGUGGGUGUGAGGAACAUGAGUGCUGGUGUCAGGAUCAGUAGUCCCUAGGAUAGGACAUGAAGCUAUAGGUCCUCUAUUCGUCUUGGUUUGGGGUUUGUUUUGGGGAAAAGGGAGUGUUUCUCUCUCCUGUGAUUAUGUGUUGAGACCUUGAUUAGCGGUAUCAGAAGACUCGCCCCUCAGAUAGGACAUCAAGCUAUAAGUACACUGAUCAGUGAAAAGGAUACACCUAGAUUCUGCAGCAUCUUAGGCAUCAGUGAUAGAAUCAGGGGUCGCUUUUGUCAGGGGAAACUUGGAUAAGGUCUAAGGGAAUUGUGAAUAUCUGAGAGCGAGUCUUGGAAACAUUGUGGACUUUGAAAGAGAGGUUACACUUCAAGGGAUACUAGGUUAGAUCGUUCUUAUUAUACAUGAGGUAAAAGGUGGAAAAAUUAGUCACUGCAAAGUGAAAGUCUUAACGAAAAGAUCAUAAAUUGAUAUUUCGAUAAUACAGUUUAUAUUAACAUUCCUUUUCAUACUGCUCUUUUAAGCAAGUCCUUGUGAACGCAAAUCAAUUUUUUAUAUUACUAACACUUCUCAGAUCCGUUCCCAUUCAAAAUGUGUUUCAAGUAUUUAACUGAAACCAUCUUUAAUGAGUUUGCUAGAGUUUAAACCCCUCAUGUUACAUAAAGAGUAAUUCUUCAACUGCAUGUAAACCAUUACAAGGUUGACUUAAUUUGUUUGUGUCGAGAUAAAAUUUUCCAAUAUGGGUAAAAUGGUGAAUUUGCUAGGGUAUCCAAGGGGACAACAAUACUCAAGUUCUUAGUAGCUCAUGUGUACAUAGUUUGGCAAUUUCGUUUUAGGAAAUUGCGUAUUCAUUUUUGAUGUUCAGAAGAGUUUAUUUGAGAGUAAAUUUGAUGGCAAAGAAUGGCAUGCUUUUUCCUUUUAUGGAAGUAUGA